AUGCCUAGAACAACGAUCUCUACGAUAGUGAAAAACAAGGAAGCUAUUAAAGGAGCUAGUGUUGCUAAAGGUGUGAAGGCAGUGACUAAGCAAAGGUCACAGACAUUGGAAGAAGUGGAGAAAUUGUUGUCCGUUGGGAUUCAUGAAAAGCAGUUAGUGGGUGAUAGUAUUUCUGACGCAAUAAUUUGUGAGAAAGCAAAACGAUUGCAGGCCAAUCUGUUAAAGGACAAACCUGGGACAAGUGGUGAGAGCAGUGAAGUGUUUGAAGCCAGUCAUGGAUGGUUUGAUCAAUUUAAAAAGAGAACUGGCAUUCGUAGGGUGGUGAGACAUGGAGAGGCAGCCAGUGCCAACAAAGAAGCUGCCAAAACCUUUGGUAGUGAAUUUAGGAACUGUGUAGAGGCUGAGGGCUUUAUUCCCCAGAAAAUCUUCAAUUAUGACAAGAAAAUGCCUAACAAAACCUGCAUCACCCAGGAGCUCAGCACUGAGGAGCAGCAGGAAUUUCAAAGGGAGCAGCAACAGACAGUGGGUGAGGAACUUUCUUCAGGUGAGGAGGAGGGAAGGGAGGAAGCCUCGACUGUACUGCUAAAAGAAAUGUGUGGUAAAUGGGUUGAAUUACAAAACUUUGUUGAAAAGUAUCAUCCUGACAGAGCUCUAACAAGCCGAAAUGUGGACUUGUUUAAUGAUCAAACAAUGUCUUACUUCAGAAACAUUUUGAAACAUGGGCAGAAGCAAGUUUCCCUUGAUGUGAAACUCCCUAAAUCUGAGUCUCCAGCAGGGUUCCGUGGUGUUAAGAGACAGAAAAGAGAAAGAAUUGCAGUGCAAGUGCCUGAUUUUUAUUGGAAGGGGACUCCCCUUCCAAGUAAUAACCUCCCUCCUCCUCUACGUCACCACCAUCCCAUUAGGCCAUCAGUUCCUCUCAGUACAGCAACAGCCUCACCCGAGAACUUCCCUCAGGUCCCGGGACAUCCUCACCUUGGAACAUCCCUCUGCCAUACUUGCCCAGUUCUCCCACUGUGUUCUAAGUCAACCUCAACAUCAACAGCCAAUAGAGAGAAGACACUGAAACAUUCAUCUGGAACAGGGGAAUCAGUGACAUUCAAGGAUGUGGCUGUGGACUUCACCCCAGAGGAGUGGGUAUACCUGGACCCUUCUGACAAGGAGCUGUACAGGGAUGUGAUGCUGGAGAAUUAUGGGCACCUGGUCUAUCUGGGACUCACUGUUUGCAAGCCAGAUGUGAUCUGUCACUUGGAGAGAGGAGACCCUGCUUGGAAGCCAGUGAUUAAAGUGCCAAGGACCAGCUCUCCAGAUUGUUGUGAGGAUGAAUGUGAAAGAGCUUCCCAAAGACGUAAUUCUGGUAUGAUUUACAUUUGAUGAUGUAACAUUUCUUCAUUGAGGAGAUUCAGACCAGAUAUCAGAAUACAAUAGGUGGAUAUGGG